AUGUUAAAGAAAAACCACACAGUAGUAACUGAGUUUAUUCUUCUGGGACUGACAGAGCGAGAGGAAUUGCAGCCAGUCCUCUUUGUGGUGUUCUUACUGGUCUACCUCAUCACGGUAAUUGGCAAUGUGACUAUGAUUUGCUUAAUCAGAAGUGACUCAAAGCUUCACACCCCAAUGUACUUCUUCCUCAGUCAUCUCUCCUUUGUCGAUCUCUGCUAUGCUACCACUGUCACACCCCAGAUGCUGGUUAAUUUCUUGUCCAAGAGAAAAACCAUUUCCUUUAUCGGAUGCUUCAUCCAAUUCAACUUCUUCAUUGCUCUGGUCAUCACCGACUAUUAUAUGCUCACAGUGAUGGCUUAUGAUCGUUACAUGGCCAUCUGCAAGCCCUUGCUAUAUGCUAGCAAAAUGUCCAGCUGUGUCUGCCUCUCUCUCGUUGCUGCUCCUUAUAUUUAUGGCUUUGCAAAUGGUUUAACACAGACCAUCCUGAUGCUUCGCCUGACUUUCUGUGGACCCAAUGAGAUCAACCACUUCUAUUGUGCAGACCCUCCCCUCAUGGUCCUUGCUUGCUCUGAUACCUAUGUUAAAGAAACUGCCAUGUUUGUGGUGGCGGGUUCCAACCUCAGCUGCUCACUCACCAUCAUCCUCAUCUCCUAUAUUUUCAUUUUCACCACCAUUCUGCGUAUGCGCUCUGCAGAGGGGAGGCGCAAGGCCUUCUCUACCUGUGGGUCCCAUCUGACAGCGGUCACUGUGUUUUAUGGGACCCUAUUCUGUAUGUACCUGAGGCCCCCUUCUGAGACAUCUGUAGAACAGGGAAAAAUUGUAGCUGUGUUUUAUAUCUUUGUGAGUCCUAUGUUAAACCCUCUGAUCUAUAGCCUGAGGAACAAAGAUGUAAAACAUGCAAUAAGAAAAAUCAUCAAAAAGGAAUUAUUUAUUAAAUAA